AUGAUGAAGAGAAUUCCUCGUAUCAAAUUUCCUCAGAGACACUCCUCCUCUGCUGUUUCAUCAGGUUCUGGACCGGCGCCGGGAUCUGUUGCCGGCGGCAAGAAGAAUGUGACGGCGAGUUCGGAUGUCCCAGCGGCUCCAAAGAACACUGCUGAUGGAGGAAAAGCAUCACUUCAGCCGAAACGCACGCCUGUCUCCGACAAGGAAAUCGAAUCUAUAAUGUUGGGUGGUUGCAUCUGA